ACUGUGAUGUUCUAUAUUUGCACAGGACAGCGCAAGGCAUCUCGUGCGAUGCUAGAGAGACAAGAAAUGGGCAAUUUAGGGUUCUUCAUUCCAUGGGCAAGGCAUACCAAGUGCUACUCCAGUGGCCAUCACCGCUACGCCGCUCUCAGCUUUGCGUGGAUUUCUCGCCGCUCUACGAUCGAGAGCCACAUCCAGAUGCUAGCUUGGAAGCCAGCAUUGACGACAUAUGGGAUCAACGUCGCUCUGCGAAUCCAUCUCUCUUCAAUGCCACCAAAUUCAGAUAUGGCGGCUAUGAUCUAUCCCCCGAUUGUCAACAAAUAUGCCUUCGUCUCGGCCUGACAGACUACAAAACUUUUGUUGGGACGAACUUGUCACCGAAGUGGGAGAAUUUCUUGUCGCCAAGUACUGAUGAUGUUCUUCGAUGCAAGCGCACGUCCAGCCCCCUGGGAAAUGGUGCAAUUGUGGAAACACUAGACUCUCUGAUCAUUCUACUGCAGCGCAGCUCAAACGUAGGCGAAUAUCCUGGGCAUUUGGUCUUUCCUGGUGGCCAUUCAGAGCCUUCAGAGAUUGGUAUCCUUGGCCACUCGGAUCACAGCGAAAAACUGAACAACAAGAUCGCAGAUGAGAUGUUUGAGGGUAUUGUCCGUGAAGUUUGUGAAGAGACUGGGAUUCCUGCGUCGUCCCUGAGCGAGGCGGAGCUGAUUGGCAUCUCUCGCAGGAGCGUGAAUGUUCGUCCCACCGCAUUCUUCUUCAUGAAGUGCCGAUUGACUUCAAGCGUAAUUUCAGAACACUACACCCGCGCAGCAGAUUCUUUUGAGUCAACAAAGCUUUGCUUCGUGAACAGAGAAGAACUUAUCGACAAAUCAAAUGAAAUGCCUGGCUGUCAUGAAGGUGGCGCAGCCAUAUUUACAAAGAUUGAUAAUAUGGUUUAGCACAAAUCAUUUAAUAUUCAUCUCAUAAUAAUUUGAAUAU